CAACAUUUAUCUUAUAAUUCAAUUCUCACGUGUGGAGAAUUCAGAAAGCUUCGCUAUCUUCGUGGCUAUGGGAAUGAAAGUUGACCAUUGGGAUAUUUCUGUCCUUGUUGUUUAUUUGGUAGCUCUGCUGUCAACUGGAUUAUAUCUGGGCGAUUUGUUACGUGGCUUCCGGUAAAACACCUUUGCUUUACAUAGUUUUCAGAUUGGCGCCUCUCUGUUUGCCACUAACGUUGGUAGUGAGCAUUUUAUCGGAUUGGCUGGUUCUGGAGCAGCGUCAGGGAUAGCUGUUGGGGCAUUCGAAUUGAAUGCUUCAGUCAUACUGCAACUUCUGGGUUGGAUUUUUCUUCCGGUUUAUAUUGCUAGUGGAGUAAAUUUAACAGAUUAGAUUAAUGCCUAUUCAGGUCAGUACUCUUCCUGAAUACAUGAAAAAGCGUUUUGGUGGAAAUCGUAUCCAAAUGUAUCUGGCUGUUAUUUCUUUAGUGCUGUACAUUUUUACUAAAAUUUCCGUGAACUUAUACUCUGGCUCUCUGUUUCUAGCAGAAGCCUUGGAAUGGAAUACGUGGCUUUCAAUUAUUAUACUUCUUAGUAUUACAACGCUUAUUACAGUAACAGGUGGGCUUGCUGCUGUCUUGUACACUGACACCCUUCAGUUUUUCGUCAUGAUCUUUGGUGCCACUGUGCUAACAAUACUAAGUUUUAUCAAAGUUGGCGGCUUUCAAGGACUCCUUGAUGCAUAUGGAGGAGCUAUUGCAGAAGUUAACAUAUCAUCUAGGGAAGGCGGAAACCUAUUAAAUACAAUGAUAUUGACAGCCAAGGAGAAAAAUAUAACAUCACUACUCCAGUUAUCUAAUGAACUGACAAUUGAUUCUCGUUUAAGAUGCAGUCUCCCCUCCCGAAAAGCGUUUAGAUUAUUAAGGGAGAUAAAUGACCCAGACAUGCCAUGGCUUGGUUUCUUGCUUGGACAAACUCCUUCUUCUAUUUGGUAUUGGUGUGCUGAUCAGAUGAUGGUUCAACGUACAUUGGCAGCUAAAAGUUUGUCACAUGCUCAAGGUGCAACAUUAAUGACUGGGAUAAUAAAACAAAUCCCAAUUUUUAUUAUGGUCAUUCCAGGAAUGAUAAGUCGUGUAUUAUAUCCAAAUGAGAUUGGUUGCUUCCCUGGUUCUGAUUGCCUUAAAGUUUGUGGACAUCGUAAUGGUUGUUCAAAUAUGGCAUACCCAAAACUUGUGAUUGAUCUAAUGCCUUCUGGUCUCAGAGGUUUAAUGUUGACUGUAAUGCUCGCAGCUUUAAUUUCUGAUCUGACAUCAAUUUUCAAUUCUGCGAGUACAUUAUUUACAGUGGAUAUAUAUCAAAAGUGGCGACGAAAUGCUCAAAAUAUUGAAUUGAUGAUUGUGGGUCGUGUGUUUAUCGCAGUAUUAGUCGGGUUAAGUGUUGCAUGGAUCCCAAUAAUGCAACAGUCUCAAGGAAGUGAACUGUAUAUUUAUAUUCAAGCGAUUGCUGCCUACUUUUCACCUCCUAUAGCAUCAGUAUUUUUAUGCGCUAUAUUAUGGAAACGGUGUAGUGAAAAGGGCGCUUUUUUCGGUCUGAUUUAUGGAUUAAUUAUCGGUUUCAUUCGAAUGAUUCUAACGUUUGUUUACAUGGAUCCAAUCUGUGGUGAAGACGAUACACGACCAUGGAUCAUUAAAAACAUUCACUAUAUGUACUUUGCUAUGUUUUCAUUUGGAUCUACAGUCAUUUUAGUUGUAAUAGUUUCAUUCUUUAGUGCAUCACCAACACUAAGUCAAUUACAUCGGUUAACUUAUUGGACAGCUUGGGAUUCAAACAAGGAAGACUUUGAUAAUCAAAUGAAUCAUUCAUCCCUUUCCAUCAACUCUCAGUUACACACUGACAAUAAUGUUAUAACUGUACAGGAAAAUGAGUCUAAAUCUGAUUAUCUAUCAGAAUUGGGUGAGUCUAAAUAGAUGUGUUUUUAUUUUAACUAGAGUAGUCUGUUGUUGGCGACGGUUUCAACUUAUUUUUCAUAUACUGAUACAUAACCAAAUAUUACACCGAAUAUCUAUCAUCCUGUUUUGGAAAUCAACAACUGAGAAGCCAGAAGGACAAAAUCUAAUUAGGUUUUUAUCAUUAUUAUCCACUAAUGUAUAGGCUGACAAUGUAAUACCAAUCAGCUGGUAGUGUUGUAUAAGGCUAUUAGCCCCCAAACGCCCUGGUACGGCCGAGAGUGGGGAGAGUCAGCUCUCCCUCUCGAAAUGCCCUCACAUGGCCACAUGCAUACAAUCACUGUCAAGGAAGUCCUACUCACUGCCUUCUGGCAGCGUUACUGUUGUUUACGAAAAUGAGAGAACGAAAGGCGAAUGUCCGGCACUUUAACCGGGUUGAUGAAUAUUAAGGAUCCACCUAGAGGCGUUGAAAAUCCUCGAUUCCAAACCAAUAGUGCACAUGGGCUCCAGGAUCUUGAAGGAACGAAUGGUGUGUUAACCAAUCGUUGGUAACCGGCUACCAUGAGACUGCAUCUCCUGACGUUGCCUCAAUUCCUUAUGAGUCAGACCUUUAGGUCGAAGGCUCCGGGCGUGGCUUCUGUUUGCGCACCCGGGUAGUAUCCUAGCCCUCACAUAAAUCGAAUGAUUUAUGUGGCGCAUAUCUAUUUGGUGCCUCCUUGUACCAAUGUUUAUGUGUUUAAAUAGAUAAAUAAAUAGAAUUAGAACUUCACAAGUAGCAGUGAAAUUAAUGUCAAACGGGUAAUCAAGCAGGUAAAAAAGAUAAUAUCAGUGAUUAUAAUAAGAAGUUAAUUACUUAUAGGUGGAUUGAAGUAUGUGUUUCAAGCGUCUAGAGAUUACAGAAUCUCUAAUAACACUAUUGGCAGGGAUUCUAGGUACCAUGUCGCUAUAUAACAUAAGAGUUGAAAACAUACAAGUAAUAAAGUAAUAAGGCAAAAAUUAAAAGAGACUUAUGAGGAAAUGGAAAUAAAAAAUUUUGUUUUCACCCACUGCAAUAAAGUUGAUUAUCGGUGGUCAAGGUAGAAAGAGCUGCCAUACAAAUUUAUUUUCGACAUAAAAGUUUAAUUUGUGGAUAUAGAUGCUAAGCGCUUCGAUAGUAUGCCACGUUUCAUAACCAAGAAGCAAAGCAGAUCGAGCUGCUGAGAAGCAUACUUGUUGUAUGGUUGAUAGACGUGCAUCUCACCUACUCCAAAAGCGACGUAAGUUGCCAAAAACCAGUUGAGGUUUCUGAAUCCAUGACGUGGUUUAGUCAGACACCAAUCCAUCAAAUAUGCUAGCAUCGUUGUUCAAUAUGAUUAAAAGACUGCAUUUUGUCAGUGUCUGCCAAAGAGGAAUACUUUAUUUGUGCAUUCAAAGUCAAUAGGUGAAUCUCUUGGAUGUAGAUCGAUUCCUGAAAAAUCAUACCAUGAUGGAGUUAUUUUUAAAAGAAUUUCUAUUACAAAGUUAAGCGGACAACUGAUGAAAUAAACUAGAAGUUGAUAAUUCUAGUGAGACUUCUCCAUAAAAUUUAACUCGACUAUUGAUGUUGGAAUAAAAAGCAUUUAUGAGGUUGAUUUACGUCUUUGAUUGGGCUUUCAGCGACGGUUAAUGCCUUAAAAACGUGUUUAUCAAUAGAGCUGAAUCCCACCUUGAGGUCAAGAAAUACAAAUAUACUUGGGCAUCAGUAGGUAUGUCUUCGUUUCAUCACCUGACGAAUGAUGAGUAUGUAGUUCAUACAUACACGUCCAGGACUAGAACCAGUCUUUUCCAUUCUGCUUCGCUGUUUAUCCACACUAGCCAAGCGUCAGACGACUAUUAAAGCUAAUAUUUUAGACAGUGUAUCAGUCAAACUGGUUCUCCUGUGGUUAUGAAAAGAGGAUAUCUGUUCUUUCUUGUGGACUGAGACAAUCGGAGGUGGUAUCCGGUCAGAUGUCAUUAGGUCCAGCUCCCAAACUCUAGUUAGUGUCUCAAUCAGUCUAAUUACUUAAAUAGUUGAGAUCAUGAAUCAACUGAAACUAGACCAUUAUGGAAAAUCCGGAAGUAGUGGAUUACGGUUUUGUUCUAUUGUGGGACUACUCAAUAGUGCGCAUCCACGACUCCGCCUCGCGAAGUUCGAAGCCAAAACUUAUUGGUCUCUCCCGCGAACGCUUAAACUCUAGACCACUGAGACGGCCGGGAUCCACCAGUGUUAAUGUCUAACUUCAACUAA